UUCCAUCUACUCAUCUCGGCUUAGGGUCAAGUCAAGCUUCUAAUUUUGGCCCGAAAAAGACUGGUCGGGCCGGCCCGAUAAAAAUGACUCGCGCGUCGGCCAGACUCGGAAACCCCAACCAUGCUCAUAUCCUAUUUUCCCAUCUACCCCCAAAGUUAUCUUCCCUGGAAUAAAAUUUUCCACGUAGUUUUUUCACAUAAUUUCGCUUCAUUUUUAAAUUAAAUUUUUAUUUCAUUUUAGUUUUCCCUUAAAAAAGAAAAAAAUUAUGUCAGAUAAAGAUGCAUUACUUGAAUCAAAUUUACCAAUUCUUUAUUCAACUUUAACUAAAAAAGAAGGAUUACUUUUUAAAUUAUAUGUAAUUGCUGUAACUAUUUUUCUGUGGACUGGUUAUACUUUAAUGGUUUCUUAUACAAGGCAAAUGACACCUAAGGAUGAGGUUUGGAGAAUUUUAUAUUUUUAAAUUUUUUUUUUAAUAUUCUGGUGAUAUUUUUGUUAUAAAAUAAGACUAAAAAUAUUUUUUUAUGUAUGGGGACCGUCUGUUUAUUUUUGUCAAAAAAUUUUAUUUUUUCUAAAUUUAAUAAGCGAAAUUUAAAAAAAAAUAUUUUUUCCAAUUUUUAGUUAUAUUCUUCAUCUACUGGUUCGUCUCUGUUUCGGUUUAAAUUUAAUUGACAUUUCUAUUUUUUACCAAAAUUUUUUUUUCAUUUUUUUAAGUCGUCUUCUCUUCGGAAUGUGCAAAGUUCUUAAUAACUUUAUUUUAUGUUUAUGCUGGAAGUGAAACUUUACAAAAAGGGAAUGAGCCAUAUUUGGCAAAUCAAUGAGGAAAAUGAAUAAGAGGCAUGAAGAUGGGAAAUAUCGGACUUAAGUUUCAAAUUAGGGAGGAGGGGCGGGAUAUCGAAAUCUACCAACAAAAAUUUUUUUUCAAU